AUGGCUGGGCCGGGUGGCUCUGGGGGCCCGAUUGGGGCCGGGACCCUCGUAGGCAGCGCGCGGUCCAAGGUGGCCCCCAGCGUGGACUUUGAUCACAGCUGUUCGGACAGCGUCGAGUACCUGACGCUCAACUUUGGGCCCUUUGAGACUGUGCAUCGCUGGCGGCGCCUCCCUCCCUGCGACGAGUUCGUGGGCGCUCGGCGCAGCAAGCACACGGUGGUGGCCUAUAAAGAUGCCAUCUACGUGUUUGGAGGAGACAAUGGGAAGACAAUGCUCAACGACCUCCUGCGCUUCGACGUGAAGGACUGUUCCUGGUGCAGGGCCUUCACAACCGGGACUCCGCCAGCACCCCGCUACCAUCACUCGGCCGUCGUCUACGGGAGCAGCAUGUUUGUCUUCGGGGGCUACACUGGGGACAUUUAUUCUAAUUCUAACUUGAAGAAUAAAAAUGAUCUCUUUGAGUACAAGUUUGCAACUGGACAGUGGACUGAGUGGAAGAUUGAAGGACGGUUGCCGGUCGCUAGGUCGGCUCACGGCGCCACAGUGUACAAUGACAAGCUCUGGAUCUUCGCUGGCUACGAUGGAAAUGCCAGGUUGAACGACAUGUGGACGAUUGGCCUCCAGGACCGGGAGCUCACAUGCUGGGAGGAGGUGGCCCAGAGUGGUGAGAUCCCGCCCUCCUGCUGCAACUUCCCUGUGGCUGUAUGCCGAGACAAGAUGUUUGUGUUCUCGGGCCAGAGUGGAGCCAAGAUCACCAACAACCUCUUUCAGUUUGAGUUCAAGGACAAGACGUGGACACGCAUCCCCACUGAGCACCUGCUCCGGGGCUCCCCACCACCCCCACAGCGGCGCUACGGGCACACCAUGGUGGCUUUUGACCGCCACCUCUACGUGUUUGGGGGUGCAGCCGACAACACGCUGCCCAACGAGCUGCACUGCUACGACGUGGACUUCCAGACCUGGGAGGUGGUUCAGCCCAGCUCUGACAGUGAGGUUGGUGGGGCAGAGGUACCAGAGCGAGCAUCUGCUUCCGAAGAGGCACCUGCCCUGGCCCCUGAGGAGCGGGGUGGCUUCAAGAAGUCCCGAGACGUGUUUGGCCUGGACUUCGGUCCCACGACAGCCAAGCAGCCAGCCCAGCCAGCCUCAGAGCUGCCCAGCGGGAGGCUCUUCCAUGCAGCCGCUGUGAUCUCAGAUGCCAUGUACAUCUUUGGGGGCACCAUGGACAACAACAUCCGCAGCGGGGAGAUGUACAGGUUCCAGUUUUCCUGUUACCCCAAGUGCACGCUGCACGAGGACUACGGGCGACUGUGGGAGAGCCGCCAGUUCUGCGACGUGGAGUUUGUGCUGGGAGAGAAGGAGGAGUGCGUGCAGGGCCACGUGGCCAUCGUCACGGCCCGGAGCCGCUGGUUGCGCAGGAAGAUAGUCCAGGCGCGGGAGCGGCUGGCUCAGAAGCUGGAGGAAGACGCGUCCCCAGCCCCCAGGGAGGCCACCGGCGGGGCUGUGGGUGGCGCCCGGCCACCCCUGUUGCCUGUGGCCAUCCGCGAGGCCGAGGCCCGGCCCUUCGAGGUGCUCAUGCAGUUCCUCUACACGGACAAGAUCCGGUACCCGCGGAAAGGCCAUGUGGAGGACGUGCUGCUCAUGAUGGAUGUGUAUAAGCUGGCGCUGAGCUUCCAGCUGUGCCGCCUGGAACAGCUGUGCCGGCAGUACAUCGAGGCCUCUGUGGACCUGCAGAACGUGCUGGUGGUGUGCGAGAGCGCUGCCAGGCUGCAACUGGGCCAGCUCAAGGAGCACUGCCUGAACUUCGUGGUGAAGGAGUCCCACUUCAAUCAAGUGAUCAUGAUGAAGGAGUUUGAGCAUCUCUCGUCCCCUCUCAUCGUGGAGAUUGUGCGGCGGAAGCAGCAGCCACCCCCUCGCGCCCCUUCAGACCAGCCUGUGGACAUUGGCACAUCUCUGAUCCAGGACAUGAAAGCAUACCUGGAGGGGGCAGGUGCGGAGUUCUGUGACAUCACGUUGCUGCUGGAUGGACACCCACGGCCAGCUCACAAAGCCAUCCUGGCCGCCCGCUCCAGCUACUUUGAGGCCAUGUUCCGCUCCUUCAUGCCCGAGGAUGGGCAGGUGAACAUCUCCAUCGGAGAAAUGGUCCCCAGCAGGCAGGCCUUCGAGUCCAUGCUGCGCUACAUCUACUACGGUGAGGUCAACAUGCCACCUGAGGACUCACUCUACCUGUUUGCUGCUCCCUACUACUACGGCUUCUACAACAACCGGCUGCAGGCCUACUGCAAGCAGAACCUGGAGAUGAACGUGACGGUGCAGAACGUGCUGCAGAUCCUGGAGGCGGCUGACAAGACGCAGGCACUGGACAUGAAGCGGCACUGCCUGCACAUCAUCGUGCACCAGUUCACCAAGGUCUCCAAGCUGCCCACACUGCGGUCGCUGAGCCAGCAGCUGCUGAUCGACAUCAUAGACUCCCUGGCUUCCCAUAUCUCCGACAACCAGUGCGCAGAGCUGGGAGCCGACAUCUGAGGACCCAUGUGGUGCCCUGCCCACUGCAGAGACACCGCUGGCCAGGAGCGGCCCUGUGCCUGCCACACGUGGCCCUGUGGUGGAGGGGUUGAGAAUGGUCAGGCAGGACACCCAGAGCCCCAGAAGGGAGGCUCAGACACCUCAUUCCACUGCUGAGGACACAGGUCCCAGGUCACAUGCCUGGCUGCACUCUCCUGGUAUAGAGGCGUAGGUGGGAAGCUGGGGUCAGUGAUGGGGACACGGCUGGAGGAAGCAGGGUCCUGGCCGUUCCCCAGCUGGGGGAGGGACAAGUGUGCACCCUCCCAGCAGGGGCCUGGAUGAGAUCCAGGAGCCUGCAGCUUUUGACUGGGCAGGGGGAGCAAGCUCAGCAGAACACUGCAGCCCCAGGGGCUCUGCAUGCUGCCUCCCACCCUCACAGAGGGGGUGUAAGGGGCUCCCCCACCCUGAGUCUGUGAGUGGGGAUCAGCAAUGGGUGGGUGGGAUCUGACUCAGAGAUGAAUGGGCCUGGCUCCAGAGGGGCUGUGGGCCCCCAGCCCACAGGGCCCACCGUGCAUACCUCACUAAGCAUUUACUGUUGCAGACAUGCCGCAUUAAAGCCACGCAGGCUACCAUAUGGCUCACUGUGUCCAUCUCCACGCAUGCCUGCUCCACAUUCUCUCAGCCUUUCCCGGAGCUGGAACCAGCCUGUCAGCACCCCCCCACAUACCAGUCACAUGGGCUGCUGUGGAAGGUGGGCUGGCCUCUGACUGGGACAUUUAGGACAGACCCUCACAUCCACCUGUCCCCUACAGAGGCCUUGUGAGUCUACCUUUGUGCAGUGGAACCUUCCUGUACCCUGUCUGGGAACGAGAACCUCGGGGACCUUUCUGCCCUGGCCGCCAGGAAGUCACAGUCCCCUGUCGUGGGGUGAAUCACUUUAGUCCUGGCCUUGGAGCUUGUCCCCUCUUCCGGGUAUACUCCCCUCCAUCCUGGUCCUGCCACACAGCAGCCCUUGCUGAAGAGGGCACAGAUGUGUGCAGCCCAGAGAUCUGAGUCAAGGGUGGCAGGCAGCAAGCUAGGAUGCGGCCUGGCACAAAAAAGAUGAGCUGGGAGACACCAGUGGUGGGCAGCAGAAGGCGCUGGAGCAGGAGGCUAUGCACUCAAGGGACACCUGGUAGGAAGCCGUGGACCCACAGCCACAGGUGGGGAGGGGUGUUGGCUAGGGUGGGUGGCAUACGUCAUUCAUGGUGGGGCCACCGAACCCCCCACCCGGGACCCUGCAAGACACUGCUCACCACACCCCCGGGGCAGCCUCACUCCAUUCCAGGAGAAGCCUGCCCGCACAAACCUGUAAACCCUGUGCUCACUGGUUCCCAAGUAUCUCUCCUGGAGGUGACUCUGAAUAAAGGAGGUUACAUGCCAAGGGGCCUCAGAAAGCACAUUUCUGAUGCCAUUUGGCAGUUUGCCCAGUUCCCAUGGGACUAGAAGUCAGCUAUGUUCUUUGGGUUGUGGUGGCCAAGGACAGCAGGGAGAGGUCAUAUUUGCUAAGUUGCCCCACACACUGGUCUGCUCAUAAACACAAAGCAAGGCCUUUUGGAUUCCUGUUGACAAAUACGAGCACAUGCUGAGGCCAGGUCUGCUGUGCAGGCCUGCCUCUAGUCUACCCACCUUGCCCCAGACAUCCAGGGAUAAGAAAGGCCACUGGGGGGUCCUCACUACCUGCCCAGCACAGGAGCCCACGAGAUACGUGGGCAUCGGUCACUGCCCAUGUCUUGGAGAGAGGUACCAGUGGGGAGCGGGGCCUGGCCUGGAGGCUGGGACCUGGAGGCUGUCCUAGGCCCACAUGGUGGCUGCCCUGCCAGGCAACAGGUAGGCUGGCCGGUGGACAGAAGGUUGGGCAUCCUUGCAAAGGAGUGAAGUCUGCACUGGGCUUUGUGUUUCCAGAGGGGCCAGGCUGUUUAUGCCUCAGAUCCCAAGGAUAGGGUGCCUGGGCCUGCCUUGGCCGUUACACCACUGUAUCCUUUCAGAAAGGAGUUCUGGUGGCAGUGAUUAAAGUGAUCGACUGGCAACUGCAAGUUGGGCUGUUUGACACCACCAGUGGCUCUGCAGGAGAAAGACACAGUAGUCUGCUUCCGUAGAGGUUUACGACCUUGGAAACCCUAUGGGGUCACUAUAAGUCGGAAUCAAUAGCAAUAGGUUUGUCUGGGUUCCCUCAGAGACUUCUGUGGGGCAUGGGGGGGGGGUGGGCGACAGGCACCAGAGCCCCACCCUGGAGUCCCUGCCUCUUGGACAGGUGUGGGCUGCUACCUGUCCACCUGUGCAGCCGUGAGGAGGAACUGCAGGAAGAGAAUGGGGUUUCUAGUCCAGGCAGGCAAGAGCUUGGGCUCCAGGGUCUGUGCCUUCUGGGGGCUGCAAGGACUUCUAGCCCACUGCCUGGUAGCCGUUUCCUGGGGAAUGAA